AUGAACAUGUGCAAUUGUUUGAAUAAAAUUUCUGUGAAACCAUUAUUAUAUAAAUCCAGACAAUUAGCAACAAGUGUUUUAUUACAAGCAAAGGAAUCAAAAGUAAAAGUUGAAAAGGAGGAAUCUCUGAGAAUGAAACAGUUUCAUAAAAAACUGAAAUUGCAACCAAUACCAAAAGUGCCACCAAAAGAACGUUUUGUGGAUUUGGUAUUAGUAGAAACUGACCCAAACAAUGGAGAAUUAAUAACAAACAGUGAAAAAGAUCCAACAAAAUGGGGAGACUGGCAACACGGUGGCCGGGUGAGCGACUUCUAA